AUGGAGGCUUCCGGAGUCAGCAGCAAAAGGCCUGCGUGUGAUAAUUGUAAAGACAGAAAGCGCGUCCUCAUCUCGCCCCGCUAUGAUGAGGCCAUUGAAAGUGUUGACCGCUCGCUGAAGGAAGUGUCGCAGGCGGUGCAGCAGCUACUCGAAAUCAACAAGCUAAAGUCGAACUCAUCACCACUCGUCUCCCCAACAUCCUUCAUCGGCAAUCACUCCCCCAACAUUCCAGACCUUUCUGAGGGAUACAGAGGCGAAUCUUCAUUUAAAGCGCAUGUUCACCGGGUCACGGAUGCACUCAAGGAUGCAGCUGCAGACCUAGAGUCGACCUUGGGCGACGAUUCGGCGCUCUCUGCGACCGUGCAAAGGAUCAACCAGGCUACGGGCAGUGAAGAGAGUAGUCCCGCUCACAUCGGCAACUCUCCAUUGACCGCGCAAGCCCAGCAUCCCGAGUUGGAGGGCAGGAGCCUUCCGUCGACUGAGCGCGUUCUGAAGCUCGUUCGACUGUGUCAGACUGAAAAGCAGCGGUUUUUCAUCGACGUCCCCGUGAUUGACGAACAAGAGUUUGGUGAGUAUUGCCAAAAAGUUUGCUUUGCUAUCACCGACUUUUCUACUGUGGAUUGGAUCAUUGUCAACGCCGGUUUGUUUUUCUUGCUCCAAGGACUCAAACGCCAUCAUUAUCCCCUGAUCGACAUCAACGAGUCAGACAUCGAGGCGUACUCUCAACUCCUCAAGGCCAACCUUGAAGCUGCGAUACAGUCUUUGAGACUUUGCAGCGACCCUUCUAUACAAGCAUGCCAAGCUCUAGCAGUCCUGUACACGUUUUGUAACAAAGUAGGCCAAAGUACACUUGCAUGGCAGCUCAUAUCGGCCGCGUCGAGGAUGUGCAUCGACCUCGGUUGGCAUAGACUACCUAGCAAUGAGCCAGAGUUCUCAAAAAGGCGACAAGUGUUUUGGCAUGUUUAUGUCCACGACAAAAGCAUGGCUUUUACAAUGGGCAGGACACCGUCGAUUCAUCCCUAUGAUGUCUCCACUGAGCGGUCGUCCAUUCCCAAAGACUGCGUUCCGGGUGUGCCAGUACAUCUUUAUUCUGGAUUCGUCGAGUACGCGUUUAUUGUUGGCGAUAUGCACGUUGAGCUAUUUUCUGCUUCAGCGCUUCGACAGCCACUAGAGACACGAAGCCAGAAUGCCAAGUCGGUGAUUUCCAAAUUGCUUGAAGUCAACACGCGUAACAAACAGUCUAUCGGACAUAACCCUCCCGACGACGAUCUCUAUAAGGCGCUUGCCGUGCUGCUCGACUUCAUGAUGUACGGUCUUGUCACGAUAGCUUAUCGUGUCAUCCCAUGCGAUGAAGCAAGCGAUAGUCCACUGAAAUGCAGCAACGAAUGCACGGAGGCUGCUCGAAGUGCCCUUCGUACAAUUGUGAGGGCAUUCGAAUCCUGGGGCCAUCUCAGAAUCACUGGAUGGACAAUGCUCCUCAACAUGAUGUUCUCUCUAGUACCCUUUGCCAGCUUUGUAGUGCUCGCGGGACACACCGUGGCAACGGCGUCCGAAGAGGACCUAACACUCCUCUGCAGCGCAGUCUCUGCCAUUGAACCCACAUCAAUCAGCUCGCCUUCAGCCAAGAAGCUGUACGAUGUGUGUAAGACGUUCUAUGAGCUCGCUAGCUUUGCUGCCAAGCGAAGAUCCUUGAUAAGCAAGAGGCCACCGCAUACAGAGCAGGUGUAUGGACAACGGGAACUUGGGGAUAUUCCUUCUCUACCGGAGGUCAAUUUCGCAGUACCUCCGUACGAUCACAUCAUGGCUCCUCAAGACUGGGACGCCGUGAUGAAUGAGUUUGAUCUGGGCACUGGAGCCAGCGCUAUGGCUUCCUUUGUAGAACCUUACAUACCUUUUGAUGGUAGAUUGCCCUGA